ACAUAUGUGUAAAAUUCAAAAUGGCGAUGCGGAGGGGAAAGUGGUUUGGCCCAGUAGCGGCAAAGCGGGUUUUCUGAAGGAGAGCUGCGGCAGCGGAUUUUGUCUGAUCGUUUCACAGUGCUUGCUGCCGUCUUGCGUCCAGAAUUGACGGAAGUUUGCGAAACAUGGACCGGCUGGCGCCAUUUGGCAACUGUAUCAGGAUUUCCCUGUAUUUUGCUGCAUUCAUUUUAUCCUCUACCUUCACAAGCCUUCCAGGGCCUGCUGCGGUGAAUGAUCUCCACAGCAUGAUGCAGCCACCACCAUGCUUCACGGUGACCCAUUUGAUCAGCCACCAUGUCGUGGUUGCUCUUCCUACUUAAUGGAGCCUUACAUAAAGUGCGCAGACUGUGGGCCACCUCCUUUGCUUAUAUGCUUACAGUGCUUUACCAGAGGGUUUGAGUACAAGAAACACCAAAGUGAUCAUAGCUAUGAAAUAAUGACAUCAGAUUUUCCAAUUUUGGAUCCAAACUGGACGGCUCAAGAAGAGAUGGCGUUACUUGAGGCUGUGAUGGACUGUGGUUUUGGAAACUGGCAAGACGUAGCCAAUCAAAUGCGUACAAAAUCCAAGGAGGAUUGUGAGAAGCACUACAUGAAACAUUUUGUUAACAAUCCACUGUUUUCCUCAACGUUACUGAGUUUGAAGCAACCUGAAGAAUCCAAAGACCUUGAUACAGCAAUCACAUUCAGAUCUUCUGAUGAACCACCUAGACCAGCAUUUGAUUCAGCACUGUCAAGGGACAUGGCAGGAUAUAUGCCAGCACGAGCAGACUUUGUUGAGGAAUUUGAUAAUUAUGCAGAAUGGGACUUGAGGGACAUUGAUUUCGUCGAGGAUGACUCAGAUAUUUUGCACGCUUUGAAGCUUGCUGUGGUAGAUAUCUAUCACUCUAGAUUAAAAGAGCGACAGCGAAGAAAAAAAAUUCUGAGAGACCAUGGGCUCAUUAACCUCAGGAAAUUUCAGAUUCUUGAAAGAAGAUAUCCUAAAGAAGUUCAAGACCUCUAUGAAGCAAUGAGACACUUUGCAAGACUAUUGGGACCUACAGAACAUGAUAAGUUUAUUGAAAGUCAUUCAUUGGAUUUUGAACUCCGGAAAGAAAUCAAGCGUUUGCAAGAAUACAGAAGGGCAGGAAUCUUCACAUUCCGUGGUGCCAGAGUAUAUGACUGCUUGAAGGUGCAUCGUGAGGAGGAACGUCUAAAGCGCUGCAUGCUCACAGAUGUGCUUCAGUGCCUCCAGGACUCCAGUGCUUGUCAGCAGUGGUUACACAGGCAAGCAGCAAUUGAUUCAGGACUAAACCCAGCGGCACCAAUCAUUUCUUCAGCUGAUGGAGCAGGUCGGAGAAAUGCACCCCCACUGAACCUCACGGGCCUACCUGGGACAGAGAAACUCAAUGAUAAGGAAAAAGAGCUAUGUCAGAUGGUGCGACUGGUUCCCGGAGCAUACUUGGAAUACAAGUCGGCUUUAAUGAAUGAAAGCAGCAGGUUAAGUGGUUUAAAGCUAGCCCAGGCAAGGACUCUCAUUAAGAUAGAUGUGAACAAAACUAGAAAGAUCUAUGAUUUCCUGAUUCGAGAAGGAUAUAUUACUAAAGCUUAAAUAGGUGACCCAAGGCUGUCACUAGGCAACCUUGACACAAAACUGACUGUCACCUGGCAACCUCUGAUUUCUUUUGUCAGUGAUGUACAGAAUGGAAAAAAACAUCAUUUUUUAUUUAUUUUUUUUAAAGAUUGGAAUUUGUUCACUGUCAGAUUAUGGAUCUUUUGUGUUUUGGUAAAUGUAGUGUGAAUUCAGUACAAUAAAACAUGCUUUUUAUAAAGAUGUAUUUUAAAACUUUUUUAUUACCAAAAAUGAUUAAAUUUGCUCCACUGAAUUUACUGUUUUAGACAUUUUCUUGAGAUGAAAUCCUAAUUUUAUUGUGGGGAGUGAUAAAUUUUUGCAUUUCCAAGCAACAUUACAUGAACCAGAAGAUUAAAUACACAACAAAUAAAUCCAGUUGGCUGAGAUUGGAUUUACAAAAUGGAAAUUAGUAAGGAGUUUCACUCAAAGCACUAUUUUAGAAGAAACAUCUCUCGGGACUGUCAGGAAAUCAAAAGUGUGAUUGGGACAAUACUACUUUUGAAUACUUACCUUCAGUGUUCAGAAUGGUUAAUUCAUACUUAAAUGACAAUCAGCCAUAUGAGUCCAGCAGCUUUUUUAACACAUGCUGUCUCCAGCUCUCCUUGACGUUUAUAUCCUUGACAAUGUGCCAACCGUUUAACUUACUCUGCGAUCUAUAAUCUUAACAUAAUCACAAAUGGAUAUAAUCACCAGACUGGAUAAAAAAGAACUUACACUGCCUCCAGUCCAUCAUUUGAUUCAGAGGACACUUCAAUUACAACCUCAGAUCUGCGAGUCCACUGGAAGCUGGAGGCCCUGAGGUGGGCCGUCCUGGAGUUGGAGGACAGUCUGUGUGUGUGCCUAAGUGGGAGCAUGGUUAGGAGGGAGCAAAGAGGUUUGUAGUUUUGUUGUUGCUUGUCUUCUGCUGAUCAUUGUGGCCGUGCUAUGUUGGCACUUGAAAGUGCGGACACACUUCAGGGCUGCCCUAGCACAUCCUUGGGUUGUGUUGUUUGUUAACGCAAGUGACACAUUGCAAAGUAUAUGUGAUAAAAUAAAUUAAUCUGAAUGUUGUGGUGAAGACCUGGCAAAUAUUAGGAACCAAGGCUGAUGACCUGUAAAAAGAAAUUAAAUUCACUGAUAAAAUUGUUUUCAUAUACUUAAUUAUCAAUCUCCUAUCUCAUGGAAGGGAUACUCCUGAAUUACGUUUGAUUAUUAAUACCAGUUUUCCACCCACAGCUCAGUAUUUCCUUAAGUAUGGUAUUCAUCUCACUCCAUGCUACCUGAGAUAAUACACACAUGCUUUAGUAAGUUUUUGGUGUCAUUUACUGCAAAACUGUCACAACCACGGAUUCGGCAGCAAGGUAGAUACGGCAAUUGCGCUUCUGAAUUUGCAUGUGUCAGCUAAUUAUUUAUUCAUAAUAGUAUUUAACUCCAUACUGUCAUCGUCAUGCUUGUCGAGAUUUGGACAGAGAACAGCAACGCUUUGCUGUCUAUUUUGCUUUCAGCCUUUUCCUUGCGAAAUUGUACUUUUGAGUCAACUGACUUCGAAGACUGGCGGUAUUCAUUUAAUGUUUAGAUUUUCUUUUCGGCCGCUGUAUAGGCUUCGGUUCCCAUUUGAGAG